GUAAGCUCAGCCCUACGUUUCUUUGGGGAGAAUUCGCGCAGUCCACCAAAGAGUCCGCUCAACGCCAGGGCACCCGCUGUAGUCCCACCGCCCGAUCCACUUGACCAAGACGGCCUCCUAGCACCUCACGUUCGUUCUCCCCCGCCCCCUUCAUAAGGUCUCUCUAGCCGCGAUGCCCGUUGCACUGGAACUUAUCGGCCGCGAUUCCAUAACGUACAAGUCGGCUUCCAAGGCAGAAUUCAAUGUUAUCAAUGAGGUAGCAUAUGUCCGCGCGGUUAAGGAGCUAUACCACAACCUCUGGCAGCAGAGAGCGUCGAUCGCAGCUCUUACCAGGCACCAUCUUAGGCUAGGCGCACAAGACACCUGCACCGUUCUGAACCCAAAGGAAUGGAUCCAAGGCAGCUUCAAUGUCUGCGUCUUUGUCGAAGUGACUUCCCACGGCUUAUCCAGGAGGCUUGUCUUUCGCUGCCCCAUGCCACACAAGCUUGCUGAAGCCAGAUACCCCGGCACGGUAGACGAGAAGCUCAGUUGCGAGGUAGGCGCGUAUGUGUGGGUGCAGGAGAAAUGCCCUGAUAUCCCGGUUCCUCAUCUGCUUGGCUUUGGCUUCUUGGAAGGUGGUCAUUUCACACACAUUGCACAGCGACCGUUCUACGUUCGUAUUAUGCACAUGUUCUGGCGCUGCAUCUAUAGCUUCCUUCGAUAUCCAAUCCUCUCGCACUAUAUUCAAAGCCGGCCCGGCGACGGCAUACGCUCAGCAUACAUGCUAUUAGAAAAUAUAGGCUCCGAGACAGGGGAGAUGCUGUCAGCCACGUGGGAGAAGCACAAAAGCGAUCCAUCCCGGAGGCAGAGACUGUUUGUUGGCAUGUCCCGGAUAAUGCUUUCUCUCGCCCGUGUUCCCCAGCCGCAAAUCGGCUCCUUCCGGUUCAACCACGACGGCACCAUAACGCUGACAAACCGGCCCUUGUCCUGCUCGGUCGCAAUCCUGGAAAACGACGGCGCAACGAGAACAAUACAGAAGGACAACACAUAUACAUGCACCGAGGCUUUCGUGUCAGAAAUGCUCACCUUCCACGAUCAUCGCUUCCUCAGUCAGCCUAACGCCGUCUACAGCGCAGACGACUGCCGUGGUCAAAUGGCGGUAAAGACGCUGCUUCGUGCGCUCUCCCACCGUUUCAUUAGACGGGAAUACCGUAACGGGCCAUUCGUUCUACAGCUUACCGACUUCAAUGCAAGCAACAUCUUUGUCGACCAGGAAUGGAACGUCACAUGUUGGAUUGACUUGGAGUGGAUCUGUGCCCUCCCUGCAGAGAUGCUCGAUGUACCGUACUGGCUUACUGGGUGCAGCAUUGACGAAAUAUGUGACGAGCGUUAUAGCGAAUUCAAGAAGGUACGAGAGGAGUUUAUGUAUAUUUUGAAAGAGGAGGAGCGCAUGGCCAUAGUAGAGCAUAAUGUUCCAAUAUCGACGGUCAUGCAAGAUAUGUGGGAGUCAAGAGGAGUGUGGUUCUGGCAUUGCUUAUCUUCCGUAGACGCUAUGUAUGUUCUGUUGGAGCUGCACUUAUGUCCCUCCGGGUCUCUGCCCGUUGACAUCGAGAAGGCUUUAUCGGACUUUUGGUGUAGAAACUCGGACGAGAUUGUUCAGAAGAAGCUCGCGGAUAAGAAGAGGUAUGAUGGUGAGCUCAAACGUUUAUUUGGCGAAGGAGCGGCUGCCGGGGACGUCUGAAGAAUCCAUGGAGGUGUCGAAUAAAUCCGUUGGCGCAUCAAACGAGUGAAGGAGCGGUCAGGAAGCGUGGUUGAUAGAUGACUAGACAGGUGUAGACCCCCGGGUAUUCGGCUCGAAUUCCUAUCUCCGCUGCCGUCAUUUACUUUCCUCCCUCUGUUCUUUCUCCCUUGCCUCUUUCUCCUUCUUCUCUCUUUUCUCCCGCCUUUUAGCUUGAGCGCGCUUGCCAGACGAGUCAACAACUGCUAAGUCCUUAGGGUU